AUGCAGCAAUGGCUCAUCUACUUUAUGAUGGGUGUCCCUAUUUCCUCGUAUAAUUCGGAUUGCGCUUCUCCGUCUUCAGUCUUCCGGCCAACCAUGAACUUGCAAACGACCACCAGCUUCUCUCCUCUUCACAUUCGAUCGGCUGAGACGCCGCCGAAACCUGAGAAGGUCAUCACCCCAGGUCGCGAACUGACCCGUGAGGAACGGAAGGUCGCUCGUCGGAGGAAUGGCCCAAUGGAUGUGCUCCCCAGCUACGCUGGCAAACGGUUGACCUUCACCCUACCACCCGCUACUGGACCAAAAUUUGGUCAACUGAACCAACCGGAUGCCAUCCCUUCCGACAAACGCACCCAAUCUAAUCACUCAUCAGCAUCCAAUACUCCCUCGACCUCUAAAAUUCCACAGCCUCAAAGAGUUCUACAAUCACCUCUUACUCGGGAGAUCAGCCUGGCUGAGCUCAUCAAACCACGUCCUGAACCACCGGGUCCCAACACGUCUAAAAAAGCUAAGGGCAAAAUUAUCACAGGCAAAGAAAAUGCUCAACCAACCUCCCCAGAUCACGGUAAUCUCCCCAGUAGCGCGUCAAUCAAAUCGAGCAUCAACAAACCCAUCAUUCCCAUCUCUGAUAUUCGAGUAUCGAAAGCAUCGGGUCGAUCUAGAAAAUCACUACACGUGGUACAACGAAAGAAAGAACGCAGUGAGCCCUCAUGUGAUAGUGAUGCGACGCCUACUGUUUUGAAUACCCCCAAAACUUCACCACGCAAUUCGAGCGAUUCAGACAAAAUGAAGACGCUAGCAGCCAAGAUCUUCACACCAGGGGUUUCUCGCAAGGAGGCCAAGAGCAGCCAGAGGACAGCCGAAACGAGCCGGAAGACGGACAUCAACUUGUUAUUCGACCAGCCAACAACAAGUCGGCAGGCCCUCAAGGCCGGCAAAGAUCUAGUCCAAGAAAGCCAGCAGGACCCCGGGGAAGAACAGAUCUAUAUCGUCGCGGAUAGGCUACUCAGACAAGACGACUCACUCGAGAAGUCAAUCGAAGACGGCGAGGAACUGAGUCUAGAAACUCAGCGUCUGUUACUCAAGAUCAAGAGCCAAUUGAAUCCACCCGACAUUAUCUCUAUCUCGGUCCGCAAGCUGAUUGAAGACGAGCUCGAAAAGGCCGAAGGGGAACAGGCUGCCCUGCAAAGCUUCUUGGAGAACUUCAAGACUGAGAUGCUGGAGUACUCUGACCAGCUCGUACGCUAUGGAUUGCUGAAAGUCAAGCUCCAACGACUCCAGACUCUCGAAACCAACCUCCAGUCUCAGUUACCCUCUGCACCCUCCCAUGAACCACCCGCCAAGCGGAAAAAAAUCAAAAAGAAACACGGCCCUAAAUAA